AUGGGAAACUGCCAAACAACCAAAGCCGUCGACCAUGAGGCAAGUGGAGGUGCGGUGGCCAAACCAAAGGUACAAGGGGGUUCGUCUUCGCCUGACACGCAGUCCACCGGGAGUCAAAAGGACCAUGGCACUGCGACACCGACAACAACUCCAACCAAUGAACACCAUCCCCAUCAUGCGACGGCGGAACCCACCGAGACCGUGACAACCACUGCCGACGACUCUUCUCUCGCAGCUCCUCCUUCUCCUCCAGGUUGGGCUGCCAACCGUGGCUAUUCUUCCGGUGCUUCGUCUUCACCCCUGUCCAGUAGUUGUCAUGGAGAAGAAGAAGAUCAGGAAGACCAGACCAGCAGUAGUCGUCCGGCUAUGGAUCCACUCCAUCUCAUUAGUAUGAGAAAUCUCAUGCAUUCCAAUGGAGGUCUCACGCAAACUGUGGUCCGAUUGGAGACACCCUUUGGUCAACCCAUCGAAUCCAUCUACGAAGGCGUACAUGAUGGACCCUACUUGGGAGACGGUGUGGCCGGGGUCGUUCGGUUGGUGACACAUCGAGCCACUCGGGUACAGUACGCCUGCAAGAUUCUAGAUAUUGGAUUGGUACAGACCGAUGCCGUCUUGCGACAGCUCAGGGAUGAGAUUUCCAUCAUGUGUCAACUCGAUCAUCCCAACAUUGUUCGAAUUGAGGAGGUCUAUGAGAGCCCCAACACUAUCUAUCUCGUGCAAGAGGUCUGCCUCGGAGGAGAUUUGUUUGACCGGCUCGAAGACCAGCCGGAUGUACACUACACAGAGGCACAAUGUGCCAAACUCAUCAAGCAAAUGGUCUCGGCGGUGCGCUAUCUGCAUUCCAAGGGGGUCAUUCACAGGGAUCUCAAGUUGGAGAACUUUCUCUUUUCCUCAUCGGAACCGGAUAGUGAACUCAAGAUGAUUGAUUUUGGACUGUCAAAGCAUUUUGACUUGGACGAGAACCAAGAACGAAGACCGCUCACAGAGUCCGUGGGAACCCCGUAUACCUGUGCUCCCGAAGUCAUCAAAGGAUCUUACGACGAAAAGGCCGAUAUCUGGAGUGUCGGUGUGAUCACCUACUUGCUCUUGAGUGGCGAGACCCCGUUCGGCGGAUGUUAUGAAAACGAAUGUUUGGCCGCGGUCCGGCAAAGUAUUCUCUCGGGUUCCUUCUCCUUUGAACCAGCCGACAUUUGGUGUCAUGUCAGUCCCAUAGCGAAGGCCUUUGUGUCGCGAUUACUCAAUGUGGAUCCAGAACUGCGACCUACAGCGAAGGAAGUGCAAAGGGACGAGUGGCUGCAGAUAUACGGCAAAAAAGGUUCCUGUGAAGGCAACAAGCUGUCGCCUGGUAUCGUGGACGCUCUCGUCAGUUUCAAAGAAUACUCGGAAAUGAGGAGGCUUCUUCAUGAAGUUCUUAGCUUUACGCUCUUGCCAGCACAAAUCGUGGAGCUGCGCGAAGAGUUUGAGAAGAUUGACAAAGACGGCGAUGGCGAGAUUACACUUGGAGCCAUGAAGCAAGUGCUCACGAAUAGCGCUGGUGCCGGCGCACUUGGAGGACUGACUGAGGCGGAAGUGGAAGAUAUCUUUGACGCUCUGCGAGUAAACAAAAACGAUUCCACAAUCCGCUGGCACGAGUUUAUCGCCGCUGGUCUCAGCCAAUGCAAAUACGACGACCGCAAUCUACAGCUGGCCUUUGACCGCCUAGAUACUGAUCGGAAGGGAUACAUUUGCUUCAACGAUCUGACUGAUCUUCUCGGACACGCCCCUGAAACGUUGGAAAAUCUGAAAUGCAUGUGGGCAGAAAGCAUGGAACAAUGCAGCUGUGAGCAGGGAAGGAUAUCGUACGAUGAUUUCUUGAUCCUUAUGAAAGGCCAAACACGCAGGAAAGAACAAAGGCGACCAUCCAGGGUUUGGAGCCCUGUUGCGUCCAGUCUCGUUAUGGAUUUCAAGGGCUUGGAUGACAGCGACAAGGCGGACCUCCAACUUCCGACAAUGAAUCAACGACCGAGCGGUGGACACCACAGAAUACCCUCCACAAUUCUCGAAGAGGAGGCCCCUUCACCAAAGAAGAGACAGAGCGCCUACAAUCGAAAACGAUCCAAGUCCUUCGACGAACUGUCGUUGGAUUCAGAACAACGCCGCCGCGUGUCCUUCCCACCUCGCGUUCGCCCCUCUCUGUCUGCGGAAGGCGACUUGAUCGAGUUAAUUGCUGCUGACUCCAAAGCUCCGCUGUUGGCCACUCGUGAAGAAUACAAGAGGCAUCGUGACUUCCGCCUCGCCGUUUGCCAGGCAACCAAGGAGUUUGACAUCAAGUCUCAAGCACGUCAUGCAGAGAUCGAAGCUGAAAAGAACCAAGAAUCCACGAACUCGUCCAUGAUGUUGCAGGGUGCGGGGCUGAUCAUGAAGCGCGGUUCAUUGCCACCACCAGAAUUGGAAAGUGAACACCAGCGCAUGUUGUUUGAUGCCGCGGUGCGACGAGGAGGACGCAAACCUCACACUAGGAAACCUGGACAUCGCAGGAAACGGACACAAUCGGACGUUACGGGCAUGUUGCUGUAA